AUGAAUCAACAAGGUCCACCACAAGUUUACGAAAAAAAACGUAGAAGCAGUGCUAUCUCAUAUAUUCCAAACUCUAUUCUCAGAUUCCUUCAGUUUGCUUCCACUUCCAUAGUAUUGGGUUUGAUUGCAUUUGCACUUCAUUCCUAUCACAACCAUGGUAGUCGUAGAGCAAAUUUUGCUCUAGCUGUAGGUGCUAUUGGAGUUUUCUACUGUUUAGCAGUGUUCUUCUUAACGUUGAUAGCUCCCCAAUUAGUAUUGGGUGGUAUCUUUUUAAUUGCUGAGAUAAUCAUGACACUUCUAUUUUUAUGUGGCUUUAUUGUUGCAGCUAAAGUAUUUGGUCAGCACUCCUGUGGCACACAUGUUGUCUCCAGUUAUAAUCCAGCGUAUGGAUCCUUCGCUGAUUUCCAGAGUACUGGUGGUCAAUAUGAUCCAUUCAAGGGCACUUACACCACGAAGAGCUACACUAAUGCUUGCAGAUCCUCUAAGGCUUCGAUUGCAUUCCUGGGGUUAGCCUUUGUACUUUCAGCGAUUUGCUGUAUUUUAAUCGGUAUCAGAGUGCUGAUGCCAAUCAUUAGGGAUUAUGGUUCAAGUGGUAUUUGGAAGAGUGGUACUUCCAUUGGAGCAAAACUACAACGUGCAACAGGUCUGGACUUGUCUACUAGACCAGGCAGAACAUACGGUACUGGUUACAGACAGGAUGUCGAAACUGCUGGUAUGCCUCCUGAGGAGCCCGGUGUUUCUGGUAUGACCACUCAGAAUCACCGUGUGGUUGACCAACACACACUAUCUACUGGUGAAUCAACAACUAAUACAUAUAAUCAAGAAAAAUACAACGAGCCACAAGGCGUUCCAAACAGAAGAGUUGAGAGCGGCAACACCGCAGUUAACACAGGAAUCAAUACUGCCCGCGGUCCCAACACAGCUGUUGUUGAUUAA